AUGGCUGCCAUUACAGAGUCCGCCUGCGUCGGUUUCAACCUGGAGGCCGACGGUGGCUCUUCCAGGUCUUGUGAGCUCAGUAGCUCCUCCUCCAACUGUACCUCUGACGCAGCCGUCCACUUCUACUUCGCCUCCACCACAGAAGCAUUAACGACUCUCCAAGCUGAUACAACAACAACCAUCUCUACGACCGAGAUCGACUCAACAACCACCACCCCAACCACGACUUCAACAACCACCACAAUUACCCCCACUAGUCUCACCCCAACCACAACACCCCCAACUGUAACCACGGCUUCUACAAUAACCAGCUCCAUCACCACAUCAAUCCCCACCACGUCAAGACCCACCACUUCCGUGGCAACCACACCUCUGCCCUACACCAUCGAACUCAGGUUCUUCGCCAUCAACAAGGACAUCCAUUGCUCGGGCGACCAUGCCAUCACCACCGUGGUCAUCACCCCAAGGGACUCUAACCUCACUACCAUCUCCUACUUCAUCUGCAGCAAGGUCAUGGGCGUCAAGUUCAAUGUGAACGACAAACCUAACGCCAUAGUAUCCACGGGCUCCGAUAGCAACUCCACGGGAAACUGUACUAACAACAUGGUACUCUUCGAACUCCAGCCGGAUUCUAAACAAAGUUUCAUGGUUCCUGAAACAGUGGUGUGUAAGACGCUGGUUAACUGGAACAUAGACUACACUAACUGUCGUUACGAGUAUCUGACUGGCACGGGGACCGUUUGGCCGACGGUAAGUGCCAUGUACACGGAGACGUGGGAGAAGUGGAUCUCCUGUCUCAACUUCUCUUUGGCGGUUGGUCUCCAGCGCGAGAAGGUCGGCUCCGUCUGGCAGAUCAAAUCCCUCCUCUGUUGCUACAUUAUUUAUGCGCCCAACUAAAUAUGUGCUGUUGCCGCUGCUGCUCCUGUUGUUGUUACUGCUGCUGUUGCUCCUGUAACUGCUGCUGCUGCUGUUACUGCUACUGCUACUCCUGAAUAAAUUAUAAGUUUAUAAGAUCAAUACUGUACCUAAUUAGGAAACAGUCAGAGAACAAUUAUACACUAAUGAACUGUACUAAAACUUUAUAGAUGUGGUACCACGUGAGAUCUACACUAUAGCUAUUCCAUGUACCAUCAUACUACCAUGCAAGAAAAGCCACAUAU